AUGUCUUUGCCAACGAGCAACGAAGCCGCAGCGGUGCAACGAGAGAACGAAUUACGGGAAGGUAAUCUGAAUCGUGUGUCCGUCAAGGUACCGCCAUUUUGGCACGAAAGACCAGAAAUUUGGUUCGCGCAAAUUGAGGCGCAGUUUGCAGUCGCCGAUAUAACUAAUGACGCUACGAAAUUCAACAUUGUCGUUGCAGCGAUCGAGUCCAGCGUUGUUGCUGAUGUAGCCGAUGCCGUUUUACAUCCUCCGGCAACUGGUAAAUACAGUAAUUUUAAGAACCAGAUUUUAGAGCGGUUUGGUGAAAGUGAACAACGCAAGAUUCAGAGGCUCCUUUCUGAGGUCGAAUUAGGAGAUCGUCGACCAUCGCAGUUAUUAAAUGAGCUGACAGCGCUAGCGAAGGAUAAAGUCAGUAGCGAAUUCCUGAAGUCACUUUGGCUCCAGCGUCUGCCUCCGCAGGUACGUGCCAUUUUGCAGACAUCAAAUGUUGACCUGGUAGAAUUGGCUUAA